AAUGGUCAAUGAGGGAGUAAGCCAGUCAAUUUUGGUUAGUGGAGAAAGUGGAGCUGGUAAAACUGAAAGCACAAAAAUGCUUAUGCAGUAUCUUGCAUACAUGGGAGGUAGAGCUGAAAGUGAAGGGCGAAGUGUAGAGCAGCAAGUUCUAGAAUCUAAUCCUGUUCUUGAAGCAUUUGGUAAUGCAAAAACUGUGAGGAACAAUAACUCAAGCCGUUUUGGUAAGUUUGUGGAGAUUCAAUUUGAUUCACGGGGAAGGAUUUCAGGAGCUGCUAUCAGAACCUAUUUAUUGGAAAGGUCCCGUGUUUGUCAGGUCUCAGAUCCUGAACGAAACUAUCACUGCUUCUAUAUGCUUUGCGCUGCACCGCCAGAGGAUGCUGAAAGAUAUAAAGUAGGCAAACCACGGAAAUACCAUUAUCUAAAUCAAUCAAAUUGUAUCGAGUUGGAUGCAAUGGAUGACGCGAAAGGGUAUAUUGACACAAGAAGGGCCAUGAAUGUUGUGGGAAUUGAAUCAGAUGACCAGGAUGCAAUUUUCCGAGUGGCUGCAGCUGUUCUCCACUUGGGCAAUAUUGAGUUCAAAAAGGGUGCUGACGCAGAUUCUUCUGAACCUAAGAAUGAUGAAUCCAAGUUUCAUUUAAAAACUGCAGCUGAGCUACUUAUGUGUGAUGAGCAAGCUCUUGAAGAUUCCUUGUGCAAACGUGUGAUGGUAACUCGGGACGAUACCAUCACAAAAUUCUUGGACCCAAAUGCUGCUGCAGUCAGUAGAGAUGCUUUAGCAAAAAUUGUUUACUCAAGAUUAUUUGAUUGGAUUGUGAACAAGAUUAAUAAUAUUAUUGGUCAAGAUCCUGAUUCAAAAUAUCUGAUUGGGGUUCUGGAUAUAUAUGGCUUUGAAAGUUUCAAGACAAACAGUUUUGAACAAUUUUGUAUCAAUCUAACCAAUGAAAAACUUCAACAACAUUUUAAUCAGCAUGUUUUUAAGAUGGAACAGGAGGAGUACACAAAAGAAGAAAUUGACUGGAGUUAUAUAGAGUUUGUUGACAAUCAAGAUAUUCUUGAUCUCAUCGAAAAGAAACCUGGGGGCGUGAUUGCACUUCUUGAUGAGGCUUGCAUGUUCCCAAAAUCAACCCAUGAAACUUUCGCACAGAAGCUGUAUCAAACAUUCAGCAAUCAUAAACGUUUCGGCAAGCCGAAGUUGUCACAGACUGAUUUUACAAUAUACCAUUAUGCUGGUGAUGUUACUUAUCAAACUGAUUACUUUCUGGACAAAAAUAAAGACUAUGUUAUAGGAGAGCACCAAGCACUCUUGAGUGCUUCUAGGUGCCCCUUUGUAUCAGGACUAUUCCCACCUUUACCUGAAGAAUCUUCCAAUAAAUCAAAGUUCUCGUCAAUAGCUACUCGAUUUAAGCAACAACUUCAGAGUUUGCUUGAGAUACUUAAUGCUACAGAGCCACAUUAUGUUCGUUGUGUAAAGCCAAACAAUCAACUGAAGCCUGGUAUCUUUGAGAAUCAUAAUGUACUAAAUCAGCUUCGAUGUGGGGGAGUUAUGGAGGCAAUUAGAAUCAGUUGUGCUGGAUUUCCCACAAGGAAACCAUUUGAUGAAUUCGUAGAACGAUUUAAGAUACUCGCCCCUGAUAUUUUGAGGGGAAGUUAUGAUGAAGUUGCUGCUUCCAAGAAGCUCUUGGAACAAAUGAAACUCAAAGGUUACCAGAUUGGUAAGACGAAAAUUUUUCUACGAGCUGGACAUAUGGCAGAACUAGAUGCUCUUCGUACAGAAUUUUUAGGAAAAUCUGCAACUAAAAUCCAGAGCAAAUAUCGGUCACACUACACUCGUAAAAUCUAUGUGAAUACGCAUUUCUCUGCCAUACAAAUUCAAUCAUAUAUCAGAGUCCGACUUGCACGCCAGUAUUAUGAGAGAAGGAAGAGAGAAGUUGCAGCUGUGAGGAUACAAAAAGAAACUCGGGCAAAAAUCGCUAGGAGAUCUUACAAAAAUAUGCAGCUGUUAGCUGUUCAUAUCCAAGCUGGAAUGCGGGCAAGGUCUGCUCGCCUUGAAUUCCAAGUCAAGAAGGAAGCUCAUGAAGCAGCGGUAAAGAAGGCUGCUGAAGAAGCUCGUAAGCUUCAAGCUGAGGAAGAAGAACGUAAGCGUCAAGCUGAGGAAGAAGAACGUAAGCGUCAAGCUGAGGAAGAAGAAAGUAAGCGUCAAGCUGAGGAAGAAGAACGUAAGCGUCAAGCUGAGGAAGAAGCUCGUAAGCUUGAAGCUGAGGAAGAAGCUCGUAAGCUUCAAGCUGAGGAAGAAGCUCGUAAGCUUCAAGCUGAGGAAGAAGCUCGUAAGCUUCAAGCUGCUAAGGAUAAUAAGGAAAAUGAAGUUAAAGAAGCAAAGUCCCGAUCACAGAAAGAGGAAGGCACGGGGGAGGAAGAUGUCGCAGGUGAUGAUAACGAAGUUAGUGAUAGCGAACUUAGUGAUGGUGAACUUAUCAAGAAGCUGAAGACUCAAAACAAGGAACUCAAGUCUCGGGUUAAUUCACUAGAAAAGCAAAGAUUGGACGCAGAGUCAAUGAUUAUCCAGCUGAAGACUGAGAAGCAAAGUCUUGAAGAAAAACUGGCUGACAUAGAGGCGGAGGAACAAAUUCUACGGCAACGGUCCCUUCGGAAAAUGCCAAGCCAGAAUCAGGGCACCCCCCCUUUAAAGAAAUUUGGCACCGAUGCUGAUGAGCAAUUGAGGAAAUCGGUUAUGGAAAAGCAACGUGAGAACAUAGAUGCUCUUAUUAAAUGUGUGGCGAACAACGAUCUUGGGUUUAGUGAAGAAAAACCAGUUGCAGCAGUUACAAUAUUUAGAUGCCUUCUGCAGUGGAAAUCAUUUGAAUCAGAAAGAACCAGUGUAUUUGAUCGUCUUAUUCAGAUGAUUGGUUCUUCAAUAGAGAAUGAAGCUGACAUUAAUCAUAUGGUCUAUUGGCUUUCUAACACAUCUACGUUGUUGAUUUUACUUCAACGGAGCUUAAAGUCAUCAAAACCUCCUCAACCUACAAGUUUCUUCGGUAGAAUGACUCAGACUUUUCGAUCUUCUUCUGCAAACCUUGAGGUUGUGCAGCAGAUCGAUGCCAAGUAUCCAGCUUUGCUUUUCAAGCAGCAACUGACAGCUUAUGUUGAAAAGAUAUAUGGAAUUGUUCGGGACAAUUUAAAGAAGGAAUUGUCUCCAUUUAUUGAUUCUUGUAUUCAGGUACUAAAAACACAAUCAAAAUCAGAGCAUGAUCAAUGGCUAGAAAUGGUUAGCUGCUUAAACCGUUUUCUCGAAACAAUGCAGAGAAAUUGGGUGCACCCCGUUCUUAUACAGAAAAUUUUCACUCAGACGUUUUCUCAUAUAAAUGUACAGCUGUUUAAUUGUCUUCUUGUCAAUGAACAAUCUUGCACAUUCAGGAAUGGGGAAUUUGUGAUGGGUGGUUUGGCUAAAUUAGAGGUUUGGUGUAACCAGACAACAGAAGCGUAUGCAGGCUCGUCAUGGGAUGAACUGAAGCAAUUAAAUCAGGCCGCUGAAUUUUUGGCUAUAGAGGAGAAAUCGCAGCUCACUUACGAUCAAAUGACAACCAGUAUAUGCGCAGCUUUGAGUAUUCAACAACUGCAUAGACUAUGUACAUUUGUCUACGGCGAUGACAAAGAUUCUACCUCAUGUGUAUCCCCGGACGUUCUCGCUUGUAUGAAAGAAGUAAUGACAACGAAGGACUCCGAGGAAACUGAUACCACUAAUAUGAACUCGUUUUUGUUGGAUGAUACUUCCAGCAUUCCUGUUUCGAUUGAUGAAGUCAGUAGUCUGAUGAAAGUGAGGAAUGUAAAUAAUGUGAAGCCUCCUCCACAACUAAUAGAAAAAGAAGCUUUCCACUUUCUACAGGAUACAUGAGUUAGGAAUCGCAUUGACAGUCAGAAAAUAUCUCUACGGUUUCCCAAUACUAUGUGUAUAUUCGUUCCCAAUUAUUAGAUAUCUAGAUAUGUACCUCACGGCGAAUGCAGUGCCUGAUUGUAAUUAUAGUCUUCCCCAUAGAUAGCAGAGCAGAGUUGUUUAGGCUCUAGUCCCAUAGUUUUCGUGUGUUUAGCUCAUUGUUCACCAGUAGCAAAUGGAAUUAGGAAACAUAUUGUAAGCUUGCUCUUCCAAAUUCCUUAUAAGUAUACAGUCUGGUUCUCAUUUGGUAAUAUCAUUUCCUCCUGUUCUACAA